AUGGGCCCAGAUGGUCCUCCUCUGGACGAUGAAAAAAUGACAGAGCUCGUUGCCUCCAUGUACAGCAUUGAAAAGCGCGAGGCCGCGCUAUUGGAGCUGAGCAAAAGGCGCGAACAGUAUGACAAUCUCGCACUCGUCCUGUGGCAUUCGUUUGGGAUCAUGUCGAUCCUGCUCACCGAGAUCAUCGAUGUCUAUUCCCUCUUGUCCCCUCCUUCCCUCACCGCUUCGGCCUCCAACAGGGUUUGCAACGCACUGGCCCUCUUGCAGUGCGUGGCCUCCCAUCCAGAGACGAGGAGUGGCUUUUUGGCUGCUAAUCUACCACUACUCCUCUAUCCGUUCCUCAAUACCACGUCGAAAACGAGGCCAUUCGAGUACCUUCGACUUACCUCUUUGGGGGUGAUUGGCGCAUUAGUCAAACCCGCCGGAAACGAACCCGUCAAUCCGGCGGACAAUGCUCAAGUGAUCAACUUCCUUCUCACCACCGAGAUUAUUCCGCUUUGUUUGCGCAUCAUGCAACACGGCACGGAACUCUCCAAGACAGUCGCCAUUUUCAUCGUCCAGAAAAUCCUGUUGGAUGAGAUCGGAUUGACCUACAUUUGUCAUACCUAUGAACGCUUCCAUGCCGUCGUCAAUGUUCUUGGUUUGAUGGUCAAUGAUUUGACGCAUACCCAUGCCGUGCGCCUUCUCAAACAUAGCGAGAGAAGCCCUUGCAAACUCUAUCCCCGAAGCAUUGAAGAACAAGCAUUUCGAUGCCCUCCUCAAGUGACAUGGUCACCAAACGCUGCCUCCAAUCCCUCCUCGCCACUGUUUAUCCUCCAAAAACCCCCGAACCUUAAUUCUAUUGAUAAGAAAGGG